GGAUACUGGCGGGGGGAGGGGUGGGGCUUAGAGGAAGCGGAAGUGUCAGAGCAGGCGGAAGUGGUACUGCCCUGAAUACCCUGAACAGCGAGCGGAGGACGGCUGACAAACUCCCAUCGUUCACAGAAUAAAAUCGGGAUUCCCUGUACGCUCAAAAUACUAAAAGAUGGAUAAGUGCGAACUGGUGCAGAAAGCCAAGCUGGCAGAGCAGGCUGAGCGCUACGAUGACAUGGCGGCUGCCAUGAAGUCCGUGACGGAGCAGGGCGUGGAGCUCAGCAAUGAGGAACGCAACCUGCUCUCUGUUGCCUACAAGAACGUGGUGGGGGCCCGCCGUUCAUCCUGGCGCGUCAUCUCCAGCAUCGAGCAGAAGACGGAGGGGAACGAGAAGAAACAGCAGAUGGCCUGUGAAUACCGCAAGAAGAUCGAGACCGAACUCGAAGAUAUCUGCAAAGACGUGCUGGGUCUGCUCGACAAAUAUCUCAUUCCCAAUGCAUCUCAGGCGGAGAGCAAGGUGUUCUACCUCAAAAUGAAAGGAGACUACUUUAGAUACCUGUCAGAGGUGGCCUGUGGGGACUCAAAGAAGACCACGGUGGAGAACUCUCAGGAGGCCUACCAGCAAGCCUUCGACAUCAGCAAGAAGGACAUGCAGCCAACACACCCCAUCCGGCUGGGCCUGGCCCUCAACUUCUCCGUCUUCUACUAUGAAAUCCUCAACUCGCCCGAGCAAGCCUGCACUCUGGCCAAGGCGGCUUUCGACGAGGCAAUUGCCGAGCUUGACACCUUGAACGAGGACUCCUACAAAGACAGCACGCUGAUCAUGCAGCUACUAAGGGACAACCUCACUCUGUGGACAUCAGAAAACCAGGGAGACGAGGGUGAAACCGGCGACGGAGAGAACUAGAGCGCACUUCACUGUUAACCCAUCCCCACACUCUUCCUCCUCCUCUUCCUCCUCCUUUUAUCUCUCUUCCUGUUUCUUCUCUUCCUCCUCUCUUCGUACACAUAAAACGGCCCGUUCAUUCCCUUGUCCCACUUUUUUCAAGCCAAGCCUCCCGACUUCCCUUCUGUAUAACCAACAGCAUGAAUAGUACCUGAACCUUCACAGGCCGAUAUUUAAGAGAAAAAUAAACGAGGGGGGAGAAAAAAGAAUAAAGCGAAACUAUUCCAUCGCCCUGACCAUUACUGCCUCCUUCCCUCCCGCCCUCCCUCCCUCGAUCCUGGCACUCCAAUGCAGGCCAGCAGACUAAAACCCACUGGCCAGUCUAGUCUUAGAGCACGCAGGGAGGGUUUGUAACCACAAAUUCAACUUCUAGAGCCCACGUUCUCCUGUUAUUUUUUUUGUUUUUGACCCUCUUUGUUUUAAAUCUUUCUCUUCCAUUCCUUCCAUUCUUCCCCUCCUCCCUUCUUCCUAACAUCUCAGUACGUUCUCUCACCCUCCUCCUUCCCCCUACCUCCCUCUCACCACCUCUCUCUAGUGAGUUUAAUGCAUUUAUAUAGUUGUCCAUCCCUCCUUCUCUUUUUGGCUUUUCUUAGUGUAACUGGCAAAACAUGGCUGGUUUUAUUCCACUUUAAACAAAACGAUGACGACGAAAAAAAAGAUUAUUAAACUGUCCGUUUAUUUUCAACAAACACUGUGAUGCUUAGUUUUUCCUCCACCAUGGAAAAAAACCAAACAACCCAAUAUGGAGCUUGGGAGGGGGGGUGUUUGAACAGCAGUGCAAAUUCUGCUGAGGUUUAUACAGAAGGGUUAUCCUACAAGGCUGUAUUGUGACACUGACAAAUCUAAAAACAAAAAGUGUUUCACCCGCUGUGUAAUCAAACACUCACCGCUUUUGUUUUUCUCUAACCGGGACCCAAAGUUUUACGCAACACCAUUCUACAUAUUUCAAAUUCGGAGCUAAAAAAAUAGAUCAAUUAAGAUUGGAAAUUUAAUGCAUACAUUCCAUCUCCACACAAACAAAUGGGACCUUGAAUGCCCACUUCCCCGAAUCCACCUCCUGUCAGGUGCUGUUGACCAUCAGUACUACUGUCCCUUAAACCACAUGUUCAUUUCCCUUUGCGGUUGCUUUUUUUUUUUUUUUGUUUAAUUUUAAAUAUUUCUUUUGUGUGUGUGUGUUUGUAUAACAAAUCGAAAUCGCUUCUUUCUGGUUUUUGAAAACUGUAAAAUUGUAAAACAUUUUUAGAGCUUAACUGUAAAUGUGUCUUUUUGGAAAAAACAAAAACGGUUCGAUGUUGUUCGUUAACACCUGCUUGCAGAGAAAAACCUUGAAGCCGUUACAGUCAGCUGCUGUUUCAUCCUUUUGGCUUUUUUUUUUUGUGGUACUUUUUCCUCAUUAACACCCCCUUAAUGCUUAUUUUUCUGGACGAGUUUGGACUAGUCCUAAAGUUUCCACUCACUGCUAAAUGAGGAGAUCUGCCAGCAAGAAUGCAUGCCUUCAUUUACCGCCAUGUUAAUGUACCGCAGCAUCGAGUGGGGAAUUGUACAGUCUGUGGAUCGACAGACGCACUGCUUCCUCUUUCCCAAUAUAAUGAAAGUAGGCGUCGAUCGGAUCAUGUUAGCAAAUCAGGAUUCAACUCAAAAAUGAAUGAGUUAACGACAGAAAGAUGCUAAAAUGUGAUACUAAUCUGCUUUUUUGGUACAAUAACUGCAAGAAAAGUAGUUUUAAAGCUAAAAUUAAACACAAUUACAAGCUUUAAAGAAAGGAAGCGGUGGGUUUAAGUGUCACCUUUGGCGCAGUUGGGAGUCCACAACAGGUAUGUGCAUCAUAAGAGCCGAAUCGCAGCCAAUCGUGGAAGUGAGAACCUGUAAUUUACAAUCACGCUUUUCGUGAAAAACAAAUUACCUCUCAACUGCGUCAAAGAACAAAAGGAGGAGUGAACACUCGAUUGGCAAUUAACGGUACAUUUUCCAGCUCGUUUUCAGAUCUUUCCUAGCAGCAAAAAAACUGCCCUACCGAAACCGAGAUACCGUGCACAUUUUCAAACCCGAUGCACAUCCCAACCGGUGUCCGAAGCAGUUAUUUUUUCUUCAAACUUAUUUUCUUCUCCACUCAGUGUCACAAUAACCUUGUCAUUAACCAUCUCGACAUUCCACUCUGUAGGUGUAGAAGUCAUGUGUCUCAGUGUUUUUUUUUUUUUUCUUCAUUUGCUGGGGACAAAUGUUUUCAUGCACUGACAUUUGAAAAAGGUUAAAAAAAAUAAUUUUUCUCCCCUGCCGCUCUUUUUCUCAUUAGCCGAACAAAAAAAAGGCAGUUAUUCUACGCUUUCUAAGGAAAAAAAUGAUCCCAUGCAGUAGUGAAUGUGGCACCGAGCCUGUCUGUAUAUCUGGUAUCUGAAAUCAUUUUGUUUUUACUGACCAGUAUUCUGCUUAAAAUAAAAAGAAAAAAAAAAUAACCCAAAAAUAACAACAAAAAAAAACAAAAAAAGUUUGCUUCUGUGACGGUUUUAUUGCUUAGCGCGCACGUGGUUGUGAAAAUUUAGAGUUAGCUUAAGGACACCAACAAAAAUGAGAAAAUGACCAAAAAAAAGAAGACAACCCCUUGGAUACCCCGCCCCCACCCCACCCUGGUUAUUGACGUAAUACUAGAUUUGUGUAUGUCUUUUAAAAAAAAAAAAAAGUAAUUCCAACUCUAGUUUCACCUUACAUGUUAUAAACAGGACAAAAUGUAAAAGACAAUUUAAAGUGAAAUAAAGGUUUUAUCAGUUCCAAAUCA